AUGGAGGAGCUGGCCCGGGAGAGCAUCAGCCUGCUGGCCCGAUCGGCAUCUCACGCGGACCCCCCGCGGCUCGGCUCGUUCGGUGCGGUGUUCAUCAUGCUGAAGUCUGCCCUGGGAGCCGGACUGCUCAACUUCCCCUGGGCCUUUCAGAAGGCAGGGGGAGUCACCACUGCAGUCAGUGUGGAGCUGGUGUCUCUGGUUUUCCUCAUCAGCGGCCUGGUCGUCCUCGGCUAUGCGUCAUCUGUCAGCAGACAGAAGACGUAUCAGGACGUGGUGAGAGAAGUGUGUGGACGAGCCGUGGGGAAACUCUGUGAAGUCUGUUUCUGCUUCAACCUCUUCAUGAUAAGUGUUGCCUUCCUCGUUGUGGUCCAGGAUCAGCUGGAGAAAUUGUGUAUUUCUCUCUAUGAGACAGUUACGGGAUCGAGCGAGGCAGGAAUGCCCUACCACUGGUACACAGACCAACGAUUUGCCCUCUUCGUCAUGUGCCUUGUAAUCAUCCUACCACUGUCCAUCCCAAAAGAAAUCGGCAUCCAGAAAUACACAAGUGUGCUGGGGACGCUGGCUGCUACAUAUCUGUGUGUGGCAGUGAUUGUAAAAUAUUACCUGAUGGACAGUCACGCAGUCAUAACUCCAGACCACAGCCAAAGUGUGAGUUCAUGGGCAUCGAUGUUUAGUGUUGUACCGACCAUUUGCUUUGGCUUUCAGUGCCAUGAAGCCUGUAUAGCGAUCUACAGUAGCAUGGAGAACCAGAAGAUCUCCCACUGGGCGGUCAUUUCUGUGCUCUCUAUGCUUUUCUGCUUGCUCAUUUACACUCUAACUGGUGUGUACGGCUUCUUGACAUUUGGAGAAGACGUAGCCUCAGAUAUUUUGAUGUCAUAUCCAGGAAAUGAUGUGGUCAUGAUCGUUUCCAGGCUACUUUUCGGAAUAUCAAUUAUCACCAUCUACCCAAUUAUUCUUCUUCUCGGGAGGUCAGUCAUCCUGAACCUGAUGUUACGAGUUCGCAGACAUUACCGGGGAAUCGUCACUCAUUCGUUUGAGAAUCGCUGUAGAGUUGUUCUCACGGUGGCCUGGAUCACCUUCACGCUUGUCAUUGCCAUGUUUGUACCUGACAUGAGCGACGUCAUCAGCAUCAUCGGUGGAAUCAGCGCCUUCUUCAUCUUUAUAUUUCCUGGUCUUUGCUUAGUGUUCACCAUGCAAACUGAGAACAUCUCUUCAAGAGUCAGGGCGAUUUUAACAGCUUGGGGAGUCAUAACGAUUGUAGUUGGAGCAUUCAUCUUUGGACAGAGCACGACCCUCGCUGUCAUGGAGGUUUUCCGCAAAUUUUGAACUUUCAGAACUAGAUAAACUCUCUCUUUUUCUCUCAGGGAGCUGAAUGUUGCAUUUUUAAAGAAGGUUUUUAGGGGUAUGUGUGACU